UCCGCCCUGGAUACAUCGUAACAAAUGUUUCCUGCGUGUGACGUCACUGGAGCGCAGCGUCCUGUGUGCUGCACGUGUGUUGGAGGUUUGGACCAUGGCUCUCCAGCUCCUCCUGAGGGUCUGCACCUUCACCCGGAAUCACCGGGGUAAGCUCCUUGGCGCCUCUUCCUUUGGCCUGUUUGCCGCCAAUAUUUCCUAUCACGUCUUCCCAGAGUUGACGUUCCGGAAGCUCUACCAGUCGUGGUCCAAGGGGGAACCCGCCCAGCUGUCCGACAGACUUCACUCGCUCUUCCGGGAUGUCCUAGAGGAAGCAAACUGCGGCUCCCCCACCGGAUACACCCCCUUUGCGGCCUACGGCUUCCACCCGGUCAGCGCCGGCGUUCCCUGGCUCCCGGCCGGAUGCUUAAUCGGCAUUCCCGCCAACUAUAAAAACACGGCGGAGGACGGGUCAGGAAUUGUGGACCGGUUGUUGGUGGUCGGUGGCGAGGAGGUGGACUGGAACAGCGACGUCGGGAAAAGGUUGAGGGACACUUUGACGUUCUCAUCAGACGCUCAGAAAUUCUCUUUGGCCCGUGAGGCCAUCCACGCACAGAGUAGCGGCCCCGUGAUCCAGGCGUCUGUGGCCCCCGCCUGCUUUGCCGCCGUCUGCUUUUCUAGCGUGGGGCUCAAGCAGCUCCUAGGUUUGUAUUCCGGCCCCAUGUUAUUCAGGGGGGUCUUCAAUUUGCUGGCCGCCACGCUCGGCUUCACCGGAUACUGCCUAUGCUACGACUCGAUCAGUCAGUGGUUGGAUUACAGGGCCGAUCGCAAAGUAGCCGCCGUAUCCAGAUCCUACGCCCAGGGGGGGCUGGAGUUCUACGAAAAAAUAUUGGCCCGCAACCGGAUCCUGCGAGGAAUUCUGGGUAAAAAAGGGGAGGCGAUGUACGCGCCGAGCGGGAAUUUGUUCCCCAGACAGAAACUGCGACUGAAGCAUGCGUCUUACACAUCCCGGAGAGACCGGAUACAACAUACACUGAAGACCAUGCAGUCGUGAUCGAGGACGAAACAUUUUAGGGGGGGAGCAAGCAAAUAUAUGCAAAAUUUUCUUUUUUUUGUUUUGUUUGGGACAGAAUGAGGAGAGUUGGAUCCUCUGUAGGGUUAUGAUGGUUGUCUGGGGAGAUUUCCUCUCGCUUUCUAUUCUAAAAAUUGCAUUCUCCAUAUACAGUGGAACCUCAGUUUACGAGUAACGCGGUUAACGAGCAUUUUGAAUAACGAGCAACUUU